AUGGCGGUCAAAGGUGAAAAGCGAGGUCGCCGGGUGACCGGACUGGGGUUGCUAAUAAAUGGGUGUCUUCAUGAUCCUUUAGAUGAAAACGAAGUGCGUGAAAAACCCUGGCUUUCAACUUCAGACCAUGCAAGAGUUUUACAAGACCUGAGUGCUGUGAUCCUGGACAAGAGAUUCUUGAGCAAAGUGUCAUAUUACCUGAAUUACAGAACCACUGCUGACAUAGAAGUGUUCCACCAGUUAAUUUUGAUGUACUGUGCAAAGAGGUUUGCAUAUACACCGCCUGUGUACAGAAUCCGCAACCUAUUGGCAGCUAUCGACCACAACUACCACAGCAACAGACCUCUGAAAACCAACAAAGAUGGAGAAAUAAGGUAUCAAAGAUGCUACAACAAAAAAAGCAAGCGCUGGUCAGUCUUUCCAGAGAAAGUAGCCAAGACCUAUGGCUACGUUCCAGAGAUUGCAGAAAUGCUGUACAAAAAACGGAUUAAGGAUAAAGAAGGAAUGGGCAAAAAAAUGGUCUUGGAAGAAGGUGAUCCAAGAAGACUGGCAAAACACUUGGCCCCAGAAUCCCCUCCAUCUACCUCAGCAAUUGUUCAGGCCAAACAGACCAGGUUCAAGAGAAAAUGAAAUUGAACUGAAAAAGAAGUACUUGGUACUUUAAUUGUUUGAACAGAGCAACAAUAAUGUUGAUAUUAGAUGUAUUGUUUAUGAUCAAUUCUCAAUAACAUUGAUGUCACAUGCAUUGUCUUUCUGAUUUACAUUGAGUAUGAUGUGAGUGAAAAAGUGUAUAUUUAAUAGAUUUAAGCACCACCUUUUUAUGCCUUCAGAUCGAAUGAUCGGGGUAUAAUGUUUUUGGCCUGUCUUUCAUCAUGGUAUGUGUGUGUCUGUCUGUCAUUGUACGUGUGUGUCUGUCAUUGUAUGUGUGUGUCUGUCCCUAAUUUUUAUGCCCCCCUUCGAAGAAGAGGGGGUAUAUUGCUUUGCUCAUGUCGGUCGGUCAGUCGGUCCGUCCACCAGGUGGUUGUCAGACGAUAACUCAAGAACGCUUGAGCCUAGGAUCAUGAAACUUCAUAGGUACAUUGAUCAUGACUCGCAAAUGACCCCUAUCGACUUUGAGGUCACUAGGUCAAAGGUCACGGUGACCCAAAAUAGUAAAAUGGUUUCCAGAUGAUAACUCAAGAACGCUUAGGCCUAGGAUCAUGAAACUUGAUAGGUAGAUUGAUCAUGACUCGCAGAGGACCUCUAUUGAUUUUCAGGUCACUAGGUCAAAGGUCAAGGUCACAGUGACCCAAAAUAGUAAAAUGGUUUCCGGAUGAUAACUCAAGAACGCUUAGGCAUAGGAUCAUGAAACUUGAUAGGUAGAUUGAUCAGGACUCGCAGAUGACCCCUAUUGAUUUUCAGGUCACUAGGUCAAAGGUCAAGGUCACGGUGACAAAAAACAUAUUCACACAAUGGCUCUCACUACAACGGAGAGCCCAUAUGGGGGGCAUGCAUGUUUUACAAACAGCCCUUGUUAAACUUUGCCAUAACUUUUGCAAUAUUGAUGAUAGCAACUUGAUAUUUGGCAUGCGUGUCUAUCUCGUAUAGCUGCAUAUUUCGAGUGGUGAAAGGUCAAGGUCAUCCUGCAAGGUCAAAGAUCAAUGUAGAAUAUAUGGGUGGGGGCGUUGUGUUUCACAAACACAGCUCUUGUUGAAAUAUAUAAUAUUCUCAAGUUUGAAAUUUCAUUCUUGUUGUUAAAAAUCUAUUUAUCUGAAAUCAUAAAAAAUAUUUAGUCUUACUUGGAUUGCUUGUUCAGGCAGGUAUCCAUCAAUGAUUUUUACAUGGUUAUGGCCAUUUUUUGACUUGGACUUUUCAUUGUGAACGUUUAAGCCAAGGUCCCUGUCUAGGCAACUUUAAAGUUCUUUGGUUCACAUUAUGUUAUCCACACAAGGGAACACAUUUGUCAAGGCUAGGUAACCCUACAAUUAAUGGUCGCUACUUUUUUAUCUAACACUGGAAAAAGUGGAAGACGCUGGGAGUAGAAGGCUGUUUUAAAGUUGGUGGCAACCUUGAUUAAUUGUUGAUGUAAGGAGUCCCUAUUAGUUAUUGAUUUGAUGAAAUGGUGUCAAAUGAUGAUGUACUUUCAGUGCAUUUUUGUGUUUGAGUUAAGGGGUUUCAAGACCAGAGGAUAAAUUAUUUUGUGAAUAAGGUUCAUUGCGAAAGGCAUAUGGUAUUGGAAGAAGCCAGGGCCAGUCAUAUCAAACAUCCUACAACAUUGGCACCAUGCGAUGCAAUUUUCAAAGUGCCAUAAAUAUGUAACCGUCACAUUUAUAAUUACUUUUGUUGCACAUUUUCAAAUUAGCUGUCAAAUAUCCUUUAUAUUUGAAACAAACAGAUCAAAAUAACUUAUAUUUUAAUAUUUCAAAAUUCAAUCGUAAGUUAACCUUGUAGUACUGUCUUUGAUUAGACAGACCCCCAGAUUAGCAAUAGCUCGGGUGAGUUGUGAAUGAUAUUCAUUGGUGUAAUGAUUUAAUAUGUUAUUAAAUAUUUCUGCUUGUAAUUGACAUGAUAUACAGUAAUUAUUUUGUUCUAAAAACAACUCCUAUUUUAUCAUUUAUGUUAGCCUUUAUUGUUGUUGCUUGCUGACUGAAUACAGAAUUAAUUGCAAUGUAUAUUUUGCAACCAUUGUCUUUUGGUUUCUGUGGAAAUGUGUUUAUUUUUUUUUACAUAAUUUCAUUCAAAAUAUAAGUAAAAAAACGAAGUUCAAACAUAGUUACAUAGACCAUGGAUAUCAAUUAACAUUUUGAACACAUGAGCCAAACUUUUUGUAAAGAUGAUAAAAUAUUUUUUCUAAAAACAUUUGAGCGCAUUACAAAUUUUAUGGGCAAAGGCUACUCAGCUCGAGGUAAUAUUUAUAUCCUUGUAGUAGACAUUAUAAAAAAAUAACAUACAUGUUACCUUUGUUGUAAUUUUGUCAAACAUUCAUCUUGACUUUAUAUGCUCUUAGCAUUGAAUCUUUGUAUGCAGCGUUCCAAACAAAACUAGAUAAAAUUACUUAAAUAAGUCAGAAGCAAUUGCAAAGCAGUUUGAUACUUGAAUUUUCUGUCUUAAGUUACUGAAAUUGCAUGUUAUUUGUAAUGACUGUGCAUAUAUACUUAUGUAGUGGUUAACAUGUUGAUAUUCUU